CGCAGAUUAUAGUAGAACUUCAUAGCACAGUUAGUGAUUUUCCCACCCAAACUGAUUUCAGACCAAAAAUGUCGACGUAUCAUGGGGGGAUGGAAAAGCAAGACGGACCCCGUCGGGAUGACGCGGGAAUUACGGAGAUUCAAGACGGAAGAGCAACGCCGCCCAGCCGCAGUCGCAGUCGCACGCGGCGGCCUCGCAAACGUCCAAGGAGAAGUCGCUCCGGUGCACGGCGCUCCCGUCCCUCGCGGCGGCCCUCGAGUAGCUCGGGCCGUACGGGGUCCAGAGGCCGUUCGUCUCGGAGACGUGACGGCUCCGACGUGAGCCGACGCAGACGCCGCCGAGCCGAUUCGCGACGAACUGCUGCAACAAGGACGCGGCCCUCACGAUCGCGCUCACGUUCGAAGUCUUCUGGCGAACGCAGAGCGAGACGAAGACAUCGACAUCGCAGGAGUGGCGUUCGACGGAGUUCCAGCCAUCGCGUAAAAAGUCAAGCACCACAUCACAAGCGGAGGCGUCGUGAAACCGUGAGUGAAUCAUCAUGUACUGAUAGUUUAGAUAGUUAUCGAGGUAGUAGUAAAAAGAAUGCUUCAAAAACUGUAGAUAAAUACAACUUUAGUAUUCAGGAUGUAAUGGAAUUGAUAAAAUCGCUGCCCUCAUCGGCUUCUCAAUCACAAAACCAUUUUAGUAUGUCAACUAAUGCUUUACCCGAGUUUGACCCUGCUAAUAAAGAGCAAACUGUUGAUAUAUGGAUCAAUAAGGUGGAAGAAUGUGCGUCUUUGUAUAAUUGGUCUGAAACACAAUUACUUCAUUAUGCGUUACCUAAAUUUACUGGUUUAGCUAAAGUGUGGUACAAUGGUUUGCGUACUUUAAAGUAUAACUGGGCUGAGUGGAAGGCGCAAUUAAUUGCACAGUUUCCUACUGUUGAGAAUUAUGCUCAAAUUUUACAUGACAUGCUUAAUAGGAAAGUGAAACCUAACGAACCAUUAGAGACAUAUUAUUAUCAUAAAAUUAAUUUGCUAAAUCGUUGUGACAUCAAUGGUAAGAGGGCAGUAGACUGUCUGUUAGAUGGUUUAGAAGACAAGGGAUUGAGGUUAGGAGCACAGGCUGCAAACUACUCGCAUCCCGAGGAAUUGCUUUCAUUUUUCAAAUCAGUUAAAACUGAAGACGCAAAGGAAAAGUCAUAUCGUCAACCGUUUACAAAAAGGCGAUUUGAUGGUGCUAAUGAUAGUUCCAAACCUAUUUUAAGAUGUUUUAACUGUAACGAAGUUGGUCACCCAUCGUUCAAGUGCACUAAACCAUUAGUUUCGUGUAAUAUAUGUAAACGACUUGGCCAUCAAAGCGCUAAUUGUAAACGAUUAUAUAAAAAUAGUCAAGGUGUUGAUAAAUCUGUUGAAAAGGAUAAGGCAGUAUCGGAGAUUAAAUUAGCUGGAGGUUUGGACGAAAAGUAUAUUCUACCGAUAUUUGUCAAUGAUAAACCAAUGACUUGCUAUGUUGACCUUGGUAGUCAGAGUACCUUGAUUCGUCUAAGUAACUUUAGUGAUUUGAAUGUUAUAUACAGUACAAAUGAUCUACCUUCGCUUAAGGGAUUUGGUCAAGCGAUUAUUGAACCUAUAGGUAGAGCAGUUGUACAAAUACAAGUACAAUCGGUUAAGAUAUCUGUAGAGGUAUUAGUAGUACCAGAUGAGUUAUUAAAACACCCUGUUUUGUUAGGGCAUACGUUUACAGAACAAGCGGGAGUAGUCAUAAUUAAAACUGAUGAACAUUUAGUUUUUCAAAAGAAACCUGAUAUUGACAUUGCGAAUCAAAAAUGUAAGAAUAAACUGGUAAUUAGUUGUGAUGUUGUCGUAAAUUCCAUUAAUAUGGUACCAAUCAGGACAGAUACCAACAGUACUAUUAAUGUUUAUGUUAGAGAGUCAGUAAGGAACGUAGGUAUUAAUAGUUAUUUUGUUAUGCCUGGGUUAUACACAAUUACACAAGGUGAAGGUCACAUUAUGGUAGUUAAUUUAAAUUCACACGAGAUUAAUUUUAAAAAUGGACAGUUGUUGACUAGAGCACAUUUAAUUGAUGAAACCAAUUGCUUAAAUAUUAGAAUGUUAGAAUGUGAAAAGGGGGACCAUAUUGAAGAUUGCUUAAAAACUGGUAGUGAGUUACACGUUGAAGAUAGAAUUAAACUAAAGGCAUUGUUGGAGGAAUACAGGAGUUGUUUUUCAUUUGGAUUGACUGAUUUAGGACUUACAAACUUAACGGAAAUGACUAUUACUUUGAAAGACACUACUCCGGUUGUAUAUAGACCAUAUAGACUUGCUUAUUCUGAGAGGAAUAAAGUAAAGGAAAUGAUUCAGGAGAUGUUGGAUUCGGGUAUUAUCACGGAGUCUGAGUCAGCGUAUGCUAGUCCAAUACUUUUAGUACAAAAGAAAACUGGUGAUCAACGACUCUGUGUAGAUUAUCGCGCGUUAAACGCUAAAACGAUAAAAGAACAUUAUCCGCUACCCAGAAUCGAAGAUCAAAUUGAUCAGUUAGGUGGUUAUCAGUAUUUCAUAACGCUGGACUUAGCAUCCGGGUAUUACCAAAUUCCUUUGGAUCCAUCGUCACAGGAUAAAACUGCCUUCGUUACGCCUGAUGGCCAAUAUCAAUUUACACGCAUGCCUUUUGGGUUAGCCAACGCACCCUCAGUUUUCCAAAAAACAAUAAAUAAAAUGCUAAAAGACGUCAAAAAUGAAGCGUUUGCAUUUAUGGACGAUAUUAUAAUUCCAGCUAAUAGUAUAUCACAGGGCAUGGAACGAUUAAAAACAGUUCUUGAACUCAUUAAAAAAGCAGGCUUAACAUUAAAAUUGUCUAAAUGUUUAUUUUUCUGUCAAGAAAUAGAUUACUUGGGUUUUGAGGUUAGCAAAAACGGGGUUAGACCUGGUUCAAGGAAAACUGAGGCUGUUGAAAAUUUUAAGUGUCCGACAAAUCAACAUGAAGUACGCCAAUUCCUAGGUUUGGCUAGCUUUUUCCGCCGAUUCGUUAAAAAUUUUGCAAUAAUUGCUAAUCCAUUGACAAGAUUGUUAAAAAAGGACAGUAGAUGGGAAUGGGGUACUGAACAGGCAAAAGCAUUUUCUACACUAAAGUCCGAAUUAGUAAAAAGGCCUAUAUUAGCUUUGUAUGACGUAACAGCUAAUACUCAGAUACAUACAGACGCCUGUAAGACGGGCAUAGCGGGUAUGCUACUUCAGGAGGAUAAUACAGGUAGGUGGAGAGCGGUAGCCUACUAUAGUAGACAAACGACUCAAGAAGAACAAAAAUAUCACUCCUUCGAAUUAGAGACGUUAGCUGUUAUCGCAUCGUUACAAAGAUUUAGAGUCUAUGUUUUAGGCAUAAAGUUUGUAAUUGUAACCGAUUGUAACGCAUUGCGCACUACUUUGUCCAAAAGAGAUAUAAUACCACGUAUAAGUAGAUGGUGGCUUCAGCUACAAGAGUAUGAUUGUGGUAUUGAGUAUAGGCCGGGUAAUCGCAUGUGUCAUGUUGAUGCACUCAGCCGAAACGCAAUUCCACAAUCAUGCGAGCCUGAGCCUGUUUUCGAUAUUUUAGCGGUAGAAACAGAAGAUUGGUUAACAACCAUUCAAGGAGCUGACGAAGAAGUUCAGCGAGUAAAGCAAAUUUUAGAGGACCCUGAGACGCCUAAAAUUAAUGAGGUUUAUCAAAAUUAUCGCAUAAAGGGAGGUAAAGUUUAUAGAGUUGUUGACAGUCAAUUAAAGUGGUUAGUUCCGAGGGGGUUUAGAUGGCAACUACUAAAAAAAUGCCAUGAUGAACUUGGUCAUUUUGGGGUAGACAAAACGUUAGACAAAUUAAAAUCUCUUUACUGGUUCCCAAAAAUGACUAAAUUCGUAAAGAAGUAUGUUCAAUCAUGCUUAGAGUGUAGUUACCAUAAAAUACCUGCUGGGAAAAGGCAAGGAAUGCUUCACCCAAUUCCGAAAAUAGAUAAGCCUUUCCACACGGUACAUAUGGACCAUUUGGGUCCAUUUGUUCGCAGUAAAUCAAGAAAUAGUUAUUUAUUGGUACUUGUAGAAGCUUACACUAAAUAUGUCAAUUUAUAUGCAGUUAAAAAUACAAAGUCUAAGUCGACCAUAAAAGUGUUGAACCAAUAUUUUAGUUUAUUUGGAAUACCAAGUAGAUUGAUUAGUGAUAGAGGUACAUCGUUUACUAGUAAGAGUUUUAAAGAUUUUGUGAAUAGUCUGGGAAUCAAACAUGUCUUAAACGCGGUAGCGACACCGCGAGCGAAUGGCCAAGUGGAACGAUACAAUCGUACCAUCUUGGCCUCCCUCGCGGUGAAAAAUCACAAUUGUAAGGAAAAUGAAUGGGAUGUCCAUUUAGAAGAGAUUCAACUAGGUCUCAAUACAACGAUAAAUAAGGGUACUGGAAAAAGUCCAGCUGAGGUCUUAUUUGGAACUAAAUUGCGAGCCAAAAGUGAUGGUAUUGUUACAUCUUUGCUUGAACAGGGUGAAGUAGGUAAUUCACAAGAAAAUUUACAAACAAUAAGAGAGAAUGUAAACGCUAGAAUUGACGAGGAACAAGCAAAACAAAAGGAGAGGUUUGAUAAAACUAGGAGAGUAGGUAGGAAAUAUAAAACAGGUGAUUUAGUUAGGAUUGAGAGAGAGGUUGGAAGUAAUGAUGGAAAAUCUAGGAAACUAAUGGCUAAAUUGCAGGGGCCUUACAGAAUUGUUAAGGUUUUAAACAAUGAUAGGUUUGCGGUCGAAGAUACGCCUUUGACACGUAAACAAAACCGUAAAUAUGAGGCAGUUGUAGCUUUAGACAAAAUCCACCCUUGGUUGAGUUUCACUCGAGAAGGGUUGGCAGACACAGAUGAGGAGAGUUUAACUGAUAGCGGAGAUAGUCGGACUGAUUUGGGAUGUGCAGGCAAUGAUGAGGGUGAAACAAAUGUAGUGUCACAGAAUAUAGAUGACAAUAUUGAGAGCGCUGAUGAGUGUAGCGAUAAUGAGGUCAAUGAUUAAAAUGUGUACGUUUAUGAUAAAUUAUUGAAUUAUGAAAUAGUUUCAGUGAGUCAUUUGAUAAAUUAAGAUAG